AUGCGCAUCUUCGCGGGGCGCUUCGAGACGGAGCGCACGUACAUCAUGAUCAAGCCGGACGGCGUCCAGCGCGGAUACGUUGGCGAGAUCAUCGCGCGGUUCGAGCGCAAGGGCAACGUCCUCAAGGGCCUCAAGACAUUCCAGUGCCCGAAGGCGGUUGCGGAGGAGCACUACCAAGACCUCAGCGAGAAGCCCUUCUUCGGCGACCUCGUCGAGUACAUCUGCUCCGGCCCGGUCGUCUGCAUGGUGUGGGAAGGCCCCGGGGUGGUCAAGUCCGCGAGGAAGAUGAUCGGCGCGACGAACCCGCUCGAGUCCGAGCCCGGGACGAUCCGCGGCGACUUAGGCGCGUUCUAUGCACUGGUCGGGCGAAACGUCAUUCACGGGUCCGACUCCAACGAGAGCGCGGAGAGAGAGAUCGCGCUGUGGUUCGGCGGCGACGACGAGCUCGUGGACUGGACGCCGACGAUCACGCCGUGGACGCGCGAGUGA